ACAGGACCCUAAUACCCAACCUCAAUAUUGCAUAUGCAUCUAUUUACCAGAGUGUCUACUGUAUAGUUGGAAUAUGGAAAAUACCUAUUAAUUCACCAUGUCUCGUCUGAUUGUAAAAAACCUUCCCCAAGCUAUCACCGAGGAAAAAGUGCGAGAGCUAUUUAGCCAGCAUGGUGCUAUUACGGACAUUCAGUUGAAAUACACCAAGGAGGGCAAGUUUCGGAAGUUCGGCUUUGUGGGGUUCCGCAAUGAGCAGGAGGCCGAAACGGCGAUUAAAACUCUUCACAACUCAUUCAUCAACACGACCAAGAUAACAGUGGAAAAUUGCGCUCUAUUAGGAGAUGCCAGUAAGCCUAAAUCAUGGAGCAAAUAUGCAGCUGAUAGCACCGCUUUCAAAAAGGCUAAUGUGGCAAAGCGAAAGCCCAGUGAAGAUGAAGAUAGUUCGGAGAAGAAAGCUAAACCACCCAAGAAGCAAAAAAAAAGCAACGAGGUCAAGGAGCUGUUGCAGAAGUAUAAAAAUGACCCGAUGUUUAAAGAAUUCUUGAUGGUCCACAACAGGGAAGACGCAAUAGAAGAACUGGAAAAACCGACUGAGGAACCGACUGAUCAAGAAACCGAACCUGCUGAGGAAUUAACGGAGAAAAUCGCAGAAGCCCCUGUGUCUGAUAUGGAAUAUAUGAACUUGCUAAAAAAAGGAAUAGCCAAGGUUGAGAAACAACUUAAACCCAAAGAUGAGAAAAAGAAAAAGAACUUUCAGCUGUUCACUUUGAAGCUGAUAGAUCUUCCAUACUCUACAAAGAAGAAAGACAUCAAAGCCUUUUUCAAGUCGAAUAUUCCGUUCAGCAUAAGAAUACCACGGCAAGUAAAGGGAAUUGCCUUCGUUGGCUACAAGAGUGAGGACAAGUUUAAGGUUGCCUUGCGCAAAGACAAAAGUUUCAUCAAAGGUCGACAAAUUCGAGUUGUUCACUAUGUGGAGAAAAAUGACCCAGGCAAAGCUGAAGCUGAUUCGAAGAGAUGCAAAUGGAAAAGCCAGGAGGAAGCGCUGAAGAAUGAAGAAGACAUUGCAGAGUCUGGGCGCAUUUUUAUCCGUAACCUUUCAUACACUGCAACGGAAAAGGAUCUGGAAGAUCUAUUCGUCAAGCAUGGUCCGCUAGCAGAAGUGAAUUUACCAAUAGACAGCACUUCGAGACAAUCGAAAGGCUUUGCUGUUGUAACGUUUGUGAUGCCUGAGCAUGCAGUGAAGGCCUACACAGAACUAGACGGUUCAAUAUUGCAAGGCCGAAUGAUGCAUCUUCUACCUGGCAAAGCCAAAGAUAUAUCGGAAGAGGAGAAGCUAGACGAAUCUUCAAACUACAAGAGCAAAAAAGCCGCCCAGUUGAAAUCCCAAGCUGGUUCUUCGCACAACUGGAACACGCUGUUUCUGGGCCAUGAUGCUGUUGCGGGCGUAAUGGCAGGAACUUAUGGAGUAACCAAAGACGACCUCAUUGGUCCGGACGCAAAAGGCAACGCUGCUGCUCGGCUGGCUUUAGGUGAAACCCAACUGGUGUUGCAAACCAGAAACUAUUUGGAAGAACAUGGAGUGUUAGUGGAUAUGUUUAACACUGCUCCAAAGACCCGGUCGAAAACCGUGCUGUUGGUGAAGAAUUUGCCUCCAAGAACAGAAGCUGAGGAAAUCAGGAAAAUGUUUGGCGAACACGGCGAAUUAGGCAGAGUUAUUCUGCCGCCUAGUGGAAUAACAGCGAUUGUGGAAUUUUUCGAGCCAUCGGAAGCCCGAAAGGCUUUUCUGAAGUUGGCGUAUUCAAAAUUCAAGAGCGCUCCCCUGUACCUUGAAUGGGCCCCAGAAAGUAGCUUGGCUGAUGCCAAGAAAGCGCCCGUUGCUUCGAAACCCCCAGCUAACACGCCUGAGGAUAAUAAUAAUAGUAAUAAAGACGAAGAUAAUGAAAACGCUCCAGUCGAAGAGGAGGAAAGUGAAGGGGAAGCCGAACCGGAUACCACAUUGUUUGUGAAAAAUCUCAAUUUCAUAACCACGGAUGAGGAUCUUAGGAAGCAUUUCGAAGGCUGUGGAAAACUGAAGCACGCAAGUGUAGCCACGAAAAAGGACCACAACAACCCAGGGGAAAAACUAUCAAUGGGUUAUGGAUUCGUUCAGUUUUACUUGAAAAAGAGUGCAGACAACGCGCUCAAGUCGAUGCAGCAGAGCGUUUUGGACGGAAAGUCUUUGGAGUUAAAGCGAUCCGAAAAGACUAUAAGAACCGAGCAGCCCACGUCUGCACGGAAAGCCACCAAGCUAUCGAAACAAAACGGAUCAAAGAUUCUCAUCCGAAACGUGCCAUUCCAGGCCGGAGCCAAUGAACUAUUGGACUUGUUUAAGCACUUUGGAGAUAUCAAGGCUCUCAGAAUGCCCAAGAAGAUGGACGGAAGCAACUCACACAGAGGAUUCGCUUUUGUCGAUUAUACCUCUGAAGCGGAUGCAAAGAAUGCAUUUGCAACUCUCAGCCAAAGCACUCACUUGUUUGGGCGACGCCUUGUUUUGGAAUGGGCCUCACCGGAGGAAGGAGUGGAGGAAAUCAGGAAGAGGACAACGGAACAUUUCAAGCAAUAUGAGGACGUAAAGUCCAAGAAAGCUGUAUAUAAUAUUGAAUAAAUUUUAACUCGUUAA